GAAAGAGAAAAUAUCAAAAUUUUAGACCGCCAUUCUUGUUUAUAUAUAGAUAGAUGUGUCAUGAACAGAGAAAUUUAAAGUAAAAAAUGGGAGAAAGAAAGGUCCUGAACAAGUACUACCCACCAGAUUUCGAUCCAUCAAAGCUCCCUCGGAUUCGGAGGCCUAAGAACCAGCAAAUUAAGGUUCGGAUGAUGCUUCCGAUGAGUAUCCGCUGCAACACGUGUGGUAAUUACAUCUACAAGGGUACGAAGUUCAAUUCCCGCAAGGAAGACGUUGUUGGCGAGACUUAUUUGGGUAUCCAAAUAUUUAGAUUUUACUUCAAGUGCACUCGGUGCUCGGCUGAGCUUGCAAUGAAAACAGACCCACAAAAUUCAGAUUAUGUUGUGGAGUCUGGUGCCAUGAGAAAUUUUGAACCUUGGCGUGAUGAGGAUGAGCAAGUAGAUAAGGAAAAACAAAAACGGGAAUUAGAAGAAGUGGGGGAUGCUAUGAAAUCUCUGGAGAACCGAACACUAGACUCCAAAAGAGAGAUGGAUAUCAUGGCUGCAUUGGAUGAGAUGAAGUCCAUGAAGUCAAGACACGCUACUGUCAGUGUAGAUGCAAUGCUUGAGGCCCUGCAACAUACCGCUGCUCAAAAGGAGAAGAAAUUGGAGGAGGAGGAUGAAGCACUAAUAAAGUCAGUUGUUUUCCAUAAUUCCAAAGAUUUCAUUCGGCGGAUUGAUGAUGAUGAUGAUGACAACAAUGGUACCCGUCUAAUUCGUCCUCCAACUAGCAGUAUUGAGGCUUCGAGUGCCAUUCUGGUUUCCAAUGGAGUUUCAAGAGGAAAGCGAAAAGAUGUCGAGUCUUUAAUUACACUUACCAAGUCAUCAACCAUUAUAGUUAAGAAGUCAAAAGUGGAGGAGAAAAAACCUGACGAGUGCAAUGGCAGCGUACUGCAGUCGUUGUGUCAAACUUAUGGGAGUUAUGAUUAGAUGACAAGAUGGUUCUCCGCAGCUGAAAUUUUCAACUUUCAAAUUUUUGGCACCUGUUAUUAGUCUAUUAUAAAAUUUGUUAAAAUGUUCAUAAUAUACAUUUAUACAGCAUUGUAAGAAAUCAAAUUUUAUUAUGGGGAUCAACUUCAUUUCCAGCCCUUCCCAAAAAUUUCUAAUAAAGUAAUAUAAACAUUUUCAACUUA